AUGGCCGCCGAGGUUCUGCCAUUCCACGAAAGCUGGACAGAAGACGCUGCAUUUGGCUGGCGAACGACCCAGCGUUUGACGAAGGGGACUGGGUUGGAUGACCUCUUGUUGAAGUGGAGGCUGGGCCUCAUCUCGCAAGCAUGGGUUGAAUUGUGCACAACGAUAAAGGAAAGAAAUGCAACAUGCUCAACUGUUCCCAAGCCGCUUGUUAUUCUCGACAUCCGUCCGAAAGCAGCUCGCUGCCAAGGCACCUCCUCCCCUUCGCCGGCCGAAUCCGAUCCUGAACUGCCGUCAUCUAUACCACAUGACCCUACGGAGACCUGCGCGCUUGCACAGUCCCGUUUACCACCUUCAGAGAGCCUUCCGGUAUCCUCUCCAAUUUCUAAGUCAAGCCCCGAGCGUAGGAGAAGACCGGAAGACGAUCUGCUCGCCGACCCCUCUACGGGCGCCUCGGUCGACUUCACUAGCGAGGAAGGUUUCUGGCAAGCUGCAAAGAAGAAGAAGGCCAAACAGCCGGUGAAGUGGGGUGACGACGAGCCGAAGGAGGGUGGUGAUGGGGGUGAUGCCGGGAACAACGGCGGCGAUGGUGCUGCAGGCGGUGAUUCAAACAACGCUGGCAGCGAGGGCGCCAACGGAAAUGGCGACGACAAGAAAGAUGACGACAAGAAGGAUGCUGGCGACGCCAACCCUGACGACGACUGGGGUGACUUUACUUCUGUAGGCAAGAAGAAGAAGGGCAAGAAGGGGACCGCUGCCACCACGGCGAAGGACGAGAAGGACUCGGGUGCCGCAUCAUCCGGGUUAGAUGCCUUCGAUGAUAUCAAAUUGGACGAGACAGGGCCCUCCCUCGAUCUGAGUUUCGGUGAUACCGCGCCAGACAAGAAGACCUCCUUCGGUUCCUGGGGCACAAGCUGGAACACCGGCAACACCUGGGAUUUCUCGGCCGCCAACGCGACCACAGACAGCAAGCCAAAGGAGGAAGAAUUGGACAACAACCCCUGGAGUAUCAACCGACCCAAGCCCAAGAAGAAGACCAAGACCACUUUCAGUUUCGGGGCCCUGGAUGAGGCUGAAGAGAACAACGAGGAGCCCACUAUCAUUACCGAAGAGAAGGAGGAGAAGAAGGACGAAGAUGACUGGUUCACGGCCGCUACAUCUAAGAAGGACAAGAAGAAGAAGAAGAACAUCUGGGACCCCGAGCCGGAAGAUACCAAGGCGGUUGAGCCUGAGCCUGAGCCAACCCCUGAGGCGGCCCCUCCUCCACCUGAGGAUGAUUGGUUUACACCAGCCGCUAAGAAGGAUAAGAAGAAGAAGAAGGGCGCCGCCACGUUUGAAGAGCCCAAGAUUGAGGAACUGCCGAAGCCGGCUGAUCCCGAACCCGAGCCUGCCGACGACAUCUGGGGCACUGCCACCACCAAGAAGAAGAAGAAGGGCAAGGCAACCGAAAUCGAAGAACCGCCUAAGGAGCCUGAGCCAGUUCUUGAGCCUUCUGAAGACAUCUGGGGAACUGCCGUCACCAAGAAGAAGAAGAAGGGAAAGGCAACCGAAGUCGAAGAACCAGUCAUCCUGGAGAAACCUGCCGACCCCGAGCCAGAGAAGUCUAUGGAAGCAGAUGACGUCUGGGGUUGGGGUGCCGCCUCAUCCAAGAAGGAUAAGAAGAAGAAAGGUAAGAAUGCCGUCUUCGAGGAGCCGCCGAAGGAUCCCGAUCCGCCACCAGAGCCAGAACCGGAGCCCUUGGCCCAGCCAGAGGAGGACAAGAAGGAAGAGGACGACUUCUGGGGCAGCCUUUCUACCAAGAAGGACAAGAAAAAGAAGGGCAAAAAUGCGGCUGCCACCGCCUUCGCCGAGGAGACCCCGCCACCAGAGGAAAUCAAAGCCGAGGACAAGACGACCAGCCUUGACGACGAGUUCAGUGUCUUUGGCAGCAAGAAAGACCGCAAGAAGAAGAAAGGUCUUGUCGAGGAAGUCAUGGAGGCGCCUGUCGAGGAAGAGAAGAAGGAAGAUCCUUUUGACGACUUUGCCUGGGGUACAGCAUCUACCAAGAAGGAUAAGAAGAAGAAAGGCAAAUCCACAGUCAUUGAACCUGAGCCUGUCAAGGAACCUGAUCCAAUUCCGGAACCGGAGCCUGAUAAGAAGGAGGAGGACGCCGCCGACUUGAUUGGUUGGGGAAUCACCACCAAGAAGGACAAGAAGAAGAAGGGUAAGAAUGCUUUGCCUGAGCCCGAGCCUCCGAAAGAACCGGAACCCGCACCUGAACCGGAGCCGGAACCCAUUCCUGAGACCCAGAACGAUGACGACGCUUGGGGCUUUUCCAAUUCGAAGAAAGACAAGAAAAAGAAAGGCAAGAGUGCUGCCCUAGAACCCGAGCCAGUCAAGGAGCCAGAACCCGAGAAGAAGCCGGAAGAGGACGACACCUGGAGCUCCUUCGUUACUAGCAAGAAGGACAAGAAAAAGAAGGGCAAGACUGCUUUGCCUGAGCCAGAGCCCGUCCAACCUGAACCAGAGCCAGAGCCGGAACCGAUUCCCGAGGCCCAGAAUGAUGACGACGCCUGGGGCUUUACCACUUCGAAGAAGGACAAGAAAAAGAAGGGUAAGAAUGCCUCUGCUGUUGAGCCCAGCCCGCCACCUGAGCCUGAGCCUGAGCCUGAGCCUGCGCCGGAGAAGAAGGAGGAAGACGACAUGUGGGGGAUUUCGAGUUCCAAGAAGGAUAAGAAGAAGAAGGGCAAGACCAAGGAUCCAGAACCCGAACCCGAGCCAGUCAAGGAACCCGACCCUGAGCCCGAGCCGGAAAAGAAGGAAGAAGACGACGCCUGGGGUUUUUCGACUUCCAAGAAGGAUAAGAAGAAGAAGGGCAAGAACAAGGAUCCUGAGCCUGAACCGGAGCCAGUCAAGGAACCUGAGCCUGAGCCAGAGCCCGAGCUGGAAAAGAAAGAAGACGACUUGUGGGGGUUUUCAACUUCCAAGAAAGAUAAGAAGAAGAAGGGCAAGACCAAGGAUCCAGAACCUGAACCUGAGCCAGUCAAGGAACCCGACCCUGAGCCCGAACCAGAAAAGAAGGACGAAGACGACGCCUGGGGUUUUUCGACUUCCAAGAAGGAUAAGAAGAAGAAGGGCAAGAACAAGGAUCCCGAGCCAGAACCAGAGCCAGUCAAGGAACCCAAGGAACCUGAGCCUGAGCCUGCGCCUGAGCCCAAAAAAGAAGAGGACGACACCUGGGGAUUCACGACCUCUAAGAAAGACAAGAAGAAAAAGGGGAAGGGCAAGGAACCAGAGCCGGAACCUGAACCUGUCAAGGAGCCUGAACCAGAGCCGGAGCCAGAAAAGAAAGAAGAGGAUGAUCUUUGGGGUUUUUCAUCUUCCAAGAAGGACAAGAAGAAGAAGGGCAAAACCAAGGAGCCGGAACCUGAACCUGUCCCGGAACCUGAGCCUGAGCCCAAAAAGGAGGAGGACGACACCUGGGGAUUCACGACCUCGAAGAAAGACAAGAAGAAGGGCAAAACCAAGGAACCCGAACCAGAACCUGUCGUGGAAGAGCCUGAGCCUGAACCUGAGCCCAAAAAGGAGGAGGCUGAUAUGUGGGGGCUCACCACUUCCAAGAAAGACAAGAAGAAGAAGAAGGGUACGGUCGUCGAAGAAACCAAGGUGGAAGAACCCCCGGCUCCAGAACCAGCUGUGCAAGAAAGCACUGACACCUGGGAUACAUGGGGUACUGCCAGCAAGAAAGACAAGAAAAAGAAGGGCAAGUUGGAGUCUUCCAGUACCAAUGACUCUAUGUCAAUCAACGCUGUGGCCCCCGAGACUGCCGACAAUGACGAUGACUGGAUGAAUUGGGGCCAGAAACCCGACAAGAAGAAGACAUCAAAGGCCCUGAGCAAGCUUGACAAGGCGGAUGACGAAAAGCCUGUCAUCUCUGACAUUGCUGAUGCAUUGGACAAUGACGACUUCUUCAAUUCUUGGAGCACGGGCAAAGACAAGAAGAAAGGGGCCCUGGCGGAGAAGUCCCUCAAGCCUGACACGAUCGAGGAGCCGGCAGCCGAUGAUAUCUGGGGAGUUUCGACAUCCUCGAAGAAGAAGAAAGGCAAGACUAGCAGCAAGAACGUGCCUGUGGAAAUCGUGGAAGAGACCAACCUCGAGUCUAUGAAACCCGACUCUGUCGAGGAAACAAAAGACGAGAGCAAGGCCGACGACCACGAUUGGGAAUGGGGAAGCAGCUCCAAGAAGAAGAAGGAGUCAAACAUUUGGGACGAGCCUUCAAACUCCCUGACUCUUACCAAAUCCAAGUCCAGUGACAAGGGCAAGGAGGAGGAUAAGAAGGACAAGAAGGCCAAGGAAAAGGAAAAGGAACCCAAGCUGAGCAAGAAGGAACUUGAGAAGCUCGAAAAGGAAAAGAAGAAAGCCGAGAAGGAGGACGAAAAGCGCAAGGCGAAGGAAGCCAAGGCGGCUGAGGAGAAAGCUCGUCAAGAAGCCGAAGAACAGGCAGCACGCGACGAAGAGGAGCGCAUCCAGCGGGAGAUUGAGGAGAAGGAGCGCCUCGAGGCGGAGGAGAAGGCGCGUCAGGAAGCCGAGGCCGCCGAGAUCACCAGGGAGGAAGAGGAGCUUGAGGCCUUCAAUGCCAAGAAGGCACGUGGUAGGAAGUUGACCAAGCGAGAGCAGGACAAGUUCAACCUCCUCACAGAAAACGCCGACAAGCGCGCCGAAGUGCAGGCGGCUGCCCGCGAAGCCGAGGAGCAAGCCGCGCGGGAGGCCGAGGAACAGGCCGAGCGCGAACGAGAAGAGGCUGAAAGCAAGAAGAAGUCCAAGAAGGGCACGUCCAAGGCCGACAAGCCCGACAAGUCUUCUUCGUCCAAAUCCAAAUCCAAGGAAAAGGCGAAGGGCAAGGACGAGGACACCAAGGAGCUGGAUCUCGCCGCCGAGGAAGUGGAGGAGCUCUUAUCGCCCAAGGACCAAGCCGCUAGCGAUGCAUUCAGUUUCUGGGGUGCAUCAAAGAAGGCCCCAGCUAACCCGGUUUCCAGCAAAUCCAAGUGGGGCUCAGCCGAGAUUAGAUCGGCUGAGUCAUCCAAGGUUCUGGAAGCUGCCACCGCCGGCGCAAUCGCAGCUGACCUGUGGAAGGACACGUCCCACGAUGCCAAAUCAAUGAAGACCAAGAAGGCUGUGGGAGGAAAGAUUGCCGAUCGACUAAAGGCAUUCGAGAUUGUCGACAACGACGCGCCUGCACCAGCCGAUCUAUCUCCCCCACCUCCCCCACCUCCUCCAGCUGCCGAGCUGAAGCAGGACCGAAAGAAGAGCUCCAAGAAGGCAAAGGAGAUCGUCGAGGAGCCCGCCGCUUCCCCGCCAAAGAAGAGCUACAAAUCCGGCCUUCCGGGUAGUUUCCCAGUUGAUGACGAUGACGAGAUAGUCGGCAUCAUCGACAUGGCAGCGGAGAAGAAAGCGAGCAAGAAGAGCAAAAAGGCCUCGUCAUCUGCGAGGGCUGUCGAGGCGCCCGCGCCACCCCCUCCCGUUCCUAUUCCACCAGCUGUUCCCGACGCGCCACCAUCCCCUCCAGAACCAAAGUCCUCGAAGAAGGAGCGGCCAAAGAUAAACCGCGAAGGAUCAUCGUGGGGAAUGUGGUCCGCGUCAGCGACACCCCGCAACGAGGGCAAGAAGUCGUCCUCGAAGUCGAAGAGUGAAAAGGAAUCGAGUUCCAAAAAGAACAAGUCGUCAUCUUCCGCGGAGAAGGAAGAGAAGACCUCAUCGAAGGGCUCUACACAGGACAAGGGCGAGAGGGGGGACCGCAUGAGGGAGGCCGCAAAGCCCCCCAGGCUGGCCAGUGUCUUCGCCAGCACGCCCCCAAUAUCCCGCUCGGCUUCCACCCGCGAUAAGCGUCCCGGCCUAGGCGGGAAGUCGAGCUCGCGCAGGCAUUCAGCCGAUAUGUCGCAUGGCAUUGUAACCCCGCCUCCCGAGAACAUGCCAGAGAUGUCCUCCAAGGCAGCCAAGAUCCUAGGUGUAGGUAUUGGGAGGUCUGGCAGCAAGCGCAGCAAGCCGAAGGUGUACGAUGAUGAUGACGUCGUAAUGGUUGGCGCUUCGGAUGCCAUUCCGAGUGUCGAGAAGUCGGAUCGUCGCAAGUCAAAGCAAUACGAACGUGACGAAGACAUCGUCAUGGUCAACGCCGACGAUGCCACUCCACCUAAGCGCCUCAACUCGAGUGCGAAGAAGUCGGGUUUCUCGUCUCUGUUCGGCGUCUUCUCGACGCCCAAGUCCGAGCCGCGGCCUGAACCAUGGCGACGCAAUACAUACCCCACGACAGAUGAUGAAGGCCAAGGGAAGCAGAGCGAGGACGUUGGCAUGACCGAUGCAGACCAAGAGGCACGUCGUGCCGCUCGCCGAGCCCGGCGUGCGGAAAGGGAGGCUGCCGAGAAGGCUGCCGAAGAAGGGCGCCGGGCCAAGGACGAUGCCCGUCGUGAACGCCGCAAGAGACAAGAAGAAGCCGAGGAGGCACGCCGACAAGAAGAGAAGGACGCCCGGCGUGCCGAACGGCGAGCCCAGCGUCUCCGCGAAGAAGCGGAGCGACGCUCCGCCGAGGAGAAGGAGGCCGAACGUGCUGAGCGCAGACGGCUGAGGAAGGAGCGCGAAGCUGCCGACACCGAUCCCGAGGCGCGACGGGCAGCCCGCUACGAGAGACGCCGUAGCCAGCCGGUCGAGGGGCAGUAUGGUGAGCGAGAAAGAGAACGGGAGGAUGACGAAGAACGCCGACGUCGCCGUGAGGCAAGACGAAUCUCCCGGGAAGCCGAAGGCCGAGUUAAGCCCCGGCACAAGUCCGAACAGGCCGAUGAAUACGUCUACCCUCGCAGCAAGUCGCGUGAUGAUCGCAAGAAAGGCUCGUGGCCCCACUCGGGCACCUCAUCCUGGGUGAAGGACCACUCAGACGCCCCACCACCUCCCGAUGACGGCGGCCAUACCACCGAGGCGCCACCGCAGACGGACGAUGAAGAAGCCCGACGUCAGGCUCGGAGAGCUCGGCGGAGGUCGAAGUACGCUGAUGUCGAGGCGACAGGAGCUUCGGAGAAUGACGAGCAGCGCCGGCGCAGGCCUCGUCGUGACGAGCGAGAACGAGAGAGGGAUCGAAGGGGCGGCUCCGACGGUAGCGAUGAGCGGAGGCAGAGCCGUCGCAACUCGGUGUUCAUGGACACUACGCCGCGGAGCAGCUGGUGGAAGAAAUUGACCGGAUCAUAG